AUGGUGGAAGGGGUCGGGGCCCGGGUAGUUCGAGGCCCGGACUGGAAGUGGGGGAAGCAGGACGGCGGCGAGGGCCAUGUGGGCACCGUGCGGAGCUUCGAGAGCCCCGAGGAGGUGGUGGUGGUGUGGGACAACGGCACUGCCGCCAACUACCGCUGCUCCGGGGCCUACGACCUGCGCAUCCUGGACAGCGCUCCCACCGGCAUCAAGCAUGAUGGAACCAUGUGUGAUACCUGCCGCCAGCAGCCAAUCAUUGGCAUUCGAUGGAAAUGUGCGGAGUGUACAAAUUAUGAUCUGUGCACAGUGUGUUACCAUGGAGAUAAACAUCAUUUAAGGCAUCGCUUUUAUAGAAUUACUACACCAGGAAGUGAGCGGGUUCUGUUAGAGUCUCGUAGAAAAUCUAAGAAGAUCACAGCCAGAGGAAUCUUUGCAGGUGCCAGAGUGGUACGAGGUGUGGACUGGCAGUGGGAAGAUCAAGAUGGAGGAAAUGGACGCAGAGGAAAGGUAACAGAAAUUCAGGACUGGAGUGCAUCGAGCCCACAUAGUGCAGCAUAUGUUCUCUGGGAUAAUGGUGCUAAGAACCUUUACAGAGUUGGCUUCGAGGGCAUGUCUGAUUUGAAGUGUGUCCAGGAUGCCAAAGGAGGUUCUUUCUACAGAGAUCAUUGUCCUGUGCUAGGUGAGCAGAAUGGCAAUAGGAAUCCUGGUGGAUUACAGAUUGGUGACUUAGUAAACAUAGAUCUUGACCUGGAAAUUGUACAGUCUUUGCAGCAUGGUCAUGGAGGAUGGACUGAUGGAAUGUUUGAGACUUUAACUACAACUGGAACUGUUUGUGGCAUAGAUGAAGAUCAUGACAUUGUAGUACAAUAUCCAAGUGGCAAUAGGUGGACAUUCAAUCCUGCUGUUCUCACUAAAGCAAACAUUGUCCGAAGUGGGGAUGCUGCUCAAGGUGCAGAAGGAGGUACCUCACAGUUUCAAGUGGGUGAUCUUGUACAAGUUUGUUAUGAUCUAGAAAGAAUUAAACUUUUACAAAGAGGACAUGGCGAAUGGGCUGAAGCGAUGCUUCCCACUUUAGGUAAAGUUGGCCGAGUACAACAGAUUUAUUCAGACAGCGAUUUAAAGGUGGAAGUUUGUGGAACCUCUUGGACGUAUAAUCCAGCAGCAGUCUCCAAGGUGGCAUCUGCAGGAUCAGCCAUUAGCAAUGCAUCUGGUGAAAGACUCUCACAACUCCUGAAGAAAUUAUUUGAAACCCAAGAAUCUGGUGACCUCAAUGAAGAAUUAGUAAAGGCUGCUGCCAAUGGAGACGUUGCUAAAGUGGAAGAUUUGCUAAAAAGACCCGAUGUGGAUGUUAAUGGGCAAUGUGCUGGCCACACAGCUAUGCAAGCUGCUAGUCAAAAUGGACAUGUUGACAUUUUGAAGUUACUUUUGAAGCAAAAUGUGGAUGUAGAAGCAGAGGAUAAAGAUGGAGAUAGAGCAGUCCAUCAUGCAGCGUUUGGGGAUGAAGGUGCUGUGAUAGAAGUCCUACACCGGGGCAGUGCUGAUUUGAACGCUCGCAACAAGCGCCGACAGACACCACUUCAUAUUGCUGUCAAUAAAGGUCAUCUUCAAGUUGUGAAGACUUUAUUGGACUUUGGCUGUCAUCCCAGUCUCCAGGAUUCUGAAGGAGAUACUCCUCUUCAUGAUGCAAUCAGUAAGAAGCGUGAUGACAUCCUGGCAGUUCUUUUGGAAGCUGGAGCAGAUGUUACCAUCACAAACAACAAUGGAUUUAAUGCUCUACAUCAUGCUGCUCUAAGAGGGAAUCCCAGUGCAAUGCGUGUUUUAUUGUCUAAAUUACCAAGACCAUGGAUUGUGGAUGAGAAGAAAGAUGAUGGUUAUACUGCUUUACAUCUGGCUGCCCUUAAUAAUCAUGUGGAAGUGGCUGAACUAUUGGUCCAUCAGGGUAAUGCAAACCUGGAUAUACAGAAUGUGAACCAACAAACUGCCCUACACCUUGCUGUUGAACGGCAGCACACCCAAAUUGUUAGGCUUUUGGUCCGAGCAGGUGCCAAGCUAGAUAUUCAAGAUAAGGAUGGUGAUACUCCUUUGCAUGAAGCUCUGAGGCAUCACACUUUGUCUCAGCUCCGUCAACUCCAAGAUAUGCAAGAUGUGGGAAAGGUGGAUGCUGCCUGGGAACCAUCCAAAAACACAUUAAUAAUGGGACUUGGAACCCAGGGAGCAGAGAAGAAGAGUGCAGCUUCUAUUGCCUGUUUCUUGGCAGCCAAUGGCGCUGACCUUAGCAUUCGGAAUAAGAAGGGUCAGUCACCACUUGAUCUCUGUCCCGAUCCAAGUCUCUGCAAAGCACUGGCAAAGUGUCAUAAGGAAAAAGUCAGUGGUCAAGUGGGUUCUCGAAGUCCUUCUAUGAUUAGUAAUGAUUCCGAAACCUUAGAAGAGUGUAUGGUGUGUUCAGAUAUGAAGAGAGAUACUCUUUUUGGCCCAUGUGGACAUAUCGCUACUUGUUCUUUAUGUUCUCCACGAGUCAAGAAAUGCCUCAUUUGUAAAGAACAAGUUCAAUCUAGGACAAAGAUUGAAGAAUGUGUGGUAUGCUCUGACAAGAAAGCAGCUGUUCUUUUUCAACCUUGUGGACACAUGUGUGCUUGUGAAAACUGUGCUAGCCUGAUGAAAAAGUGUGUGCAGUGUCGGGCAGUCGUGGAGCGGAGAGUGCCUUUUAUUAUGUGCUGUGGAGGGAAGAGUUCAGAAGAUGUCUCUGAUGAUAUCUCAAGUGGAAAUAUUCCAGUGUUACAAAAAGACAAGGAUAAUACCAAUGUCAAUGCAGAUGUGCAAAAGCUACAGCAACAGUUACAAGACAUUAAAGAGCAGACAAUGUGCCCUGUAUGUUUGGAUCGUCUGAAGAAUAUGAUUUUCCUCUGUGGCCAUGGAACAUGCCAGCUCUGUGGAGAUCGCAUGAGUGAAUGUCCUAUUUGUCGCAAGGCUAUUGAAAGAAGGAUUCUUUUGUAUUAACUAAGAAACCUGGUGUUUUGUUAGCUAAAGUAUCUGGUCAUGAGAUCUUAAUAAGUUUUUAAGUUAGUUGGAAAUUUUAAUGAAUUUCUACUAUUAUAGUUUCUUUACUAGAUUGUAAUCUAGACUACAAAUGUAUCAGAACAAAAAAAAAGGCAAAACAGUGUUUGAAAUUGUGGGGUUUUGUUUUUCUUGUAAGUUUGAAACAUCAAAUCCAUGUAAUUCAUAGAUAAUCUAAUUUCUAUGAGGAAAAUCCUCUACGAAUCUCGUGUAACUUUUGUUUAUAUUGCAUUUUCCCCUUGUAAUUUAUAAAUUUGUUAGACUUCAAAAGACGUACUUCCUUGUUAUCAGUUAACCUUAGGUUUAUCAUGACUUUACACAAUGUGUUCAUACAGAUGUUCAGAAAAGUCAUGCAUCCAGUGAAAGGGGUGAGUCAAACCAUUAUAUCACUUAUUUAAAUGAUAAAAUUAUAGUAUAAAUUCUGCAUACUUUAAGGAAUACUGAAGGAAAGAUUAUCUUUCUCAGUUAACAGAAAGUUAUCCAGAUAUUUGUUUCUGAACUCUUAGAGUAAGUGGAAGCAUACUAUAAAAUAAUGACUUUGUGUUUAGCUUAUUUUCUAGAUUUAAAAGGAAAAUUGUUUAACUUGAAUCAGAUUACCAGUUUCAAAAUGACUGAUAGACAUGAAAAGGAAAAAAUAAGCAAUUACAGUGGAGAUGAAAGGGGAAAAACAAAGAGGAUACCUAUUAACUGACCAUUAACAGUUGCUGUCUUAUAUUAAUUUAUACAUUAUAUAAUUUUAAAAUAUAAUUUAUUUUUGUUCAGAAAGCCUUUUAAAAAAUAUCUAUGAGAAGUAUACUUCAGUUUUCUUCGAUUACUUAACAAGGCUUGGUCUACCUGGUGAAUGAUACUGCCCCAAAUGGACCUGUGGUUCUAUUUAGCUUUUCUAAUGUACUGAAUAGUACCACAUUGAUUUGCAAAGAAUAAUGUAUUAUCCCAAGGCAGCAUUUUUUCUUCUCUGCAUAUGUUAAUUCUGACAGUGUUACUGAUCCUACCUUCAUCACAGGCCUUAACUUCCAUUCUCUCUCAGAUAGUCAUACUAUAAAGGAAACAGUCUUUCUUUAGAUGAGGAUAUUUCUAAACUGUCAACAAUACCCAAGACAUAAUAAAUAACCUAGUAAGUAAAACUUAGUUUAGAAAGAGUGACCAGGACAUUUACAGAAAUAUGUCUGAUUACCUGUAGCUUUUGUGUUUUUAAACACAGACUUUAACUCAAGAGUAUCUAAUCAUUUUCUCUCCUAUGAGUGAUGGAGAAAAUCUUAUGAAUCUAGGGUAAAUAUUCACAUAAGUGUUUGGGGGGGGUUUCAUUGCUGCUAGAUUAUAAAAAUAUCAGCUGUUUACAAUAAUGUCUUCUCUAUAUAUAGUAUUUAUAAGCUUACUCCUAAGGACAGUUACUUUUUUUCUUUUUUCAUUUUCCUCCCUUAAAUUUGGCUAGCUUUUCUUAUUUCAGUUUUCCUACUAUAUAACUACAUUUGAAAGUACAGAGUCUGUAACCCUUAUAACACUGUAUUUCUGGCUGUUUAAGCAAUGGAAAGCUUUGCUGAUUGGUUUUGCAGUCUCGGCAAUUCAAUAUCUAUGUUAAGCUGAAUAGCUUUACUACUUAGAACAGUAAAUGUUUUGUAAAUUUCAAAUUUGAUACUGACUCUACCCAGUUAUCUAAUAAGGGGCCACUGAGGCUAUUUUUAAACUGAACUUCGGAGUCAUUAAAAAAAUAGAAUGUCUGGGCUAGUGGGUGGCAUGGUGAUUAAGGUAUCUGGAUCCCACAUGGCCAACUCCUCCAUUCCAGUCUCAGACCUGGAGGCUUGAAAAACAUGCUGGGCAUGUGUGUAUGUGUGCCCAAAACCUUGAAACAAGAAUAAAGAGGAAGGGAUUACUGUGAGACUAUCCCCCCAGGGUGAGAUUUCUCGCUCUCUCUGUCUCCCUCUCUCUUACCCCCCAGCUAACUUAAAUGACCUAUAGCAAAAUAAAAAAACAAAAGACAAAAAACAAGAAUUAUAUUGGUUAUGUUCACAUAAAGAGACAAUCUUCUUAGAGAUUUGAAAACAGUAUAAGUCAGGAUUUUCCUUUUCUUUCAUGCAGUAGGCUGUUUUUUUUUCCCUAGGAGAUCAGCUAAUAAGAAGGAUGCACCUGGCUGACUCAUUCAGAGUUUGGCCAAUCAGAAUUCUGUCAUCUACAGCCCUGCUGUUCUGAAACAAGUAACUUAGUCUUCUGAACUGCAGUACUAAAACUUACAUCUCUAAAAGGUAAUAUCUUAAAGGUAAUUAUGUCUCUAAAAGGUUAUAUUACCUUUUAGUUUGUUUAUUUCCUCCAUAUUUAAAAUAUUACUUAUAAACUUCUGUUAUAGAAGUCAUAGUCCUAAUCCUAUUGCUAGGAACUUGUGAAUUUUCUGUAUUUGUAUCACUUUGAAAUUUAUUAAUUGAAAAUGUUCCUCUAUUCAUGUUUUCAAGGACCUAAAAAUUAUUUAAAAAUUUAUCUUGAGUUUGUGAUAGAUAAAAGGAUUCAGAACUUAAAUCAUAUAAGUGACUUGCCUCCGACUCUGAAACUGCUACCUCUGAUCUCUUGGCAGUACUUCUAGUUAAGUGGGCUUUUUCUUCUUUGUCUAAAUCUCUCCUGUGCCUCAAAAGAGCUUUUACUUUUCCAGUUUAGAAAACACACAAACUGACAUUCAUUCAGAAGUAGUAUAUACUGGGCUUCAGGGGUUGUGUAUCUAUACAGCAUUGAAAAAAAUGGUCAGUAUCUUACCACAUUCUGUUUUCUCUGUUAGCAGUUUAUAUUUGAAGGUAAUCAGUAGUUAAAAGGUUGAGAUGCAAAGGUACUGUUAAUGUUUUUUCCAUAUGUUUCUAAAGAGUUGACACUCAGUGGUAUUUAGAUUCCUUCUCUGUACCCAUCACCCUUACCACAUUUUUUCCUUUAUUAUAAGAUUGUCAGCUUUGUUACUCAAAUCACACAAAUAACCUACCAGAUGGUGCUAUUCUAAUUGUAUUUGUUCAUGUAACUCAACGUUCUUACAGCUUAUACUAUAUGUAUUUAAUUUGGUUGAGAGCAAGAUUUUCAAAAGAAGAUAAUUUUGUAUUAAUGUAGGAAUAUUAUAUUAGACAAGUAUUUGGUUUAGCUGGCCAAAUUAUGCUUAAGAUGUUUGUAGUUUUAACCAUUGCAAAUUGACCAGCUGAAUAUUGAAACAUAAAAUUCAUUGAUAAUAUUGAAAAUAACUUUCUUAAAUUUAUAUAUUUGAUGGCAUUAGUGUAUAAAAGCAUUUUAGCAUAUUAAAAUACAUGCUGCUUAAAAUUUGUCCAAAAUGGCUGGUGGUAAGGCAGCUGGAUCCCACAUGGCCAAUUGCAUGGUUCAAUUCCUGACCCAGCAGCUUGGAAAACACACUGGGCACGUAUGUGUGCAUGCCUCUCCAAAAACUUGAAAGGAGGAUGAAAAAGUAAUGGCAGUGUGGCCAUCCCCUCUAGGGGUGAUUUGUCACCUUUUCUCUCUGUCUCUGUCAAGUACACAUGUCCUAUAGCAAAAUUAAAAAAAAAAAGAAAUGUCAGAGUUUGCCUGAUCAGUUUUACAUGGUAGAAACAUACUGUCUAAUUAAGUGUUGCCUAGUUGUCAUUGUUAUUCUGAAUUCUGGACCCUUUUUGGACUAAGAAUUAGUCAGACUUAUCAGGGAGAAGGUAAGGUAGGGGCAGGACACUGAGUUGCAGUAAGCAGGAAAGAAAAGCGUUUGUAGAGAAAAAUAAUCACAUAAUCAGAGCAUUAGUGGAGAGAGCAUAUCUAAUUGAAUAAUAAGGGUUUCAGCCAAUCAAUUUUAGUAUAGCUUAAUAUUUGUGUAUUACAGGCUUUAAUUUAGCUUGCUUUUUUUUUAAUCCAAGGAAAAGCACUUACUCUCUCAGAGUGUCUAAUAUGUUUUAUAAUGAUAAUUUGAAUAAAAAAUGAAUUUUGGAAUAGUUUUUUCUGCUUUUUUUAUUGUGGUAAAAAUGCAUAACAUAAAAUUUAUCAUCUUAAAUUUUCUCAAAUAUCGUUCAGUAGUAUUAAGUGUAUUCACAUUGUUGUGAAACAGAUCUCCAGAAAAUUUUCAUAUUUUAGGACUAAAACUUUUUCCCUAUUAAGUAAUUCCCCCUUUUCCUCUCCCCAUCAGUGGAAUAGAAUUUUGAUCAUAUGUUAAGUCAAGAAACACCCUAAUUAUGUAGUUCUUUGUUUGUGUUUGCAAGGUCUAAAG